UCUCAACCCACGUCUCCAUGCAUUGUAGCUCCUACGUUACAAGCUCUGCCUAGCAGCACAACAACGGAUUGGUAAUAUGGCGGCAAUGGGCAUCGAUAACACGACGCUUGUGAUCCACAAGCCUGACAACGGGCUCCGUGAAACACCCAAUUUAUCGACGGCCACCCAUGUGACGAUCUGGGGUGGUUGCCUUGCCAAUUGUGGCGAAAGCGCUGCCGCCGCUCUUGUUCGUUCUCGCAGAGAACACUUGAAAAAGUUCAUCUACCUGCCUGAGAGACACAAGGGUGGCCGCAUGGUCCGUCCAUACUAUUCUAAUGAUCGUGGUGCUACGAUGGAAUUCCCUUCACUCGAAGUUCUGGGAUACUACAAAGAUUUGGGCACACCACUGGAUGUCAAAUGGAUCGUUCCCAAUUUGAAAACUCUUGUCGUCUUCGAUGGCGGUCGUACUGGGCGAGCUGGGAGGUAUGGCCACCAAUGGACCACAGAAGCAAGCACUCCAAUGCCUGAGUGGUAUGAACGUCAUCACAUUGACGAUGUUCUACAGCGCACAAGGGUGCAAUGUCCCAAAUUGGAGCAGAUUCUUGUAUGCGCACAGCCUGACUACGAUUCUCCCGAGAAAAUGGGUGUUGUCAGAAAGUUGACACCGCCUUUUCCUGCUCCGUGGGAGUGCUUGCGGUUGCUGGAGGUGGCUGCUCGAACGCCCCAGGGCGGUCAGUGUCAUAUUUGCCGCCUCCCGACUGCUGUUGUGGAUUUGGUUGUGAGCUUCUUUCAUUCACCAAAGUGGAAGGAGGAGGACUUUGUUGUGAACCCUGUGAACCAUAUGGUGUCAAGCAGGGCUGAACGCGUUUCGAGAGGCGAAGAUGGGCGUGGAAGAGGCCGUGGAGGUCUUGGAGGUCGCGGCGGCAGAGGACGUGAUGGCGCCACACGCGACCAUGUCAGCAGCGGCGAUAAUAGCGGCCAUGCUAGAGGCGGCAGAGGCGGUGGUCGAGCGACCCUCGUCGCAAAAAUUCGAGAAAUGGAGUAUCGUCGCAACAACCAAAAGCAAGCAGCGGCGAAACAGAGCUGAUAGGCGAUGUUUGGCGGCUUGUUUCCUAAUCGGAGGCGCCCGCUCUGAUGCGAGUGAGUCAUUGUUUUCUUGCACACCAUGCCAGCCUCAUUUGGGCGUAUGAGGGCAACAAUCGGGUGCGGGCUACUCGGGCUACUGAAAGCAUGUGUUUAGUUUCCAUAUAAUAUUAUGUUCCAUAUAUUAUAAUGUUCUUCAUCAACGUGCCGCUGCGACAAACCG